AUGGAGAAUGAAGAUGGUCAAUCAUGGAGUUCUGCUCCUAUCUACCAAUCUCAAUGGCUUCAAACAACCAUAUCAGAAUUGGAUGACAAAUUGGGAGCCAUGACGACUAUUUUAGAAGAUGGCAAUUCUCCAAACCAAGAACACAUGUACUGCAAAUGGAGAGAAGACCUUAUACAGAUGCUUGAAGAGUUUGGCCAAUCAUACCGUGUUUUAGCCUUAGCUUAUAACCAACUAAAGUCUAAAACAUCUCAUGGUUCCUUCAAUUCAGGAUCUUUAUCAUAUUCUGCUACAUCAAAAACAAUAUGUACUGGCUGCACCCGAAGAGCAACAGGUAGCUUGGAGAAUAAGAAACCCGGAAAGGGUUAUAAUAGCUCUAUGAAAUCUCUCUCGAAGCAUUCUGAUGUCAAAUCUAAUGGGACUAAUCUGGAUUUUGAGAUAUUAAAGAAGCAAGAAGAUGACGUAUUUCCAUCAUCUAACCUUUGCAGCCUGAAAUUAGAAUCAGAAGUUGAGUGCUUUGACAUUCAACUUGAAGACAGAAUGACAGAUUAUUCCACCAAUGAAAAUAUUUUAAUGAAGAUUGAGGAUAUGGAAUUAAAACAGGGAACUGAAGAUCCAUUAAUAAUCAGUUCCGAAUAUGAAAGUACGUGGCCAGCAUUGAAGUAUCAGAUGACAAAACUUACCGAUGAUACUCUGCACCAGAUAGAAGAGUUGGUCCAAAGAAAUGAUGAAAAAAGGGAAACCAUUAGAAGGCUUCAGCUAGAGGUGGAAACUUUGAAGCACGAAAACAAGGCCCUCCAGAAUUCAUCAAGGAACUCCAAUGCUGAUUCAGAAUGCAGCCAAUCACAGAUAUCAAGACCAGGAAGAAAAUCUGUGAGCAAGUUCUUCAGAGGUUGCACUCCAUGA